AUGGCGGAGGAGGUGCGCCCCCUGAUGAAGGCCACGGUCCUGAUGCGGCAGCCCGGGCGGGUGCAGGAGAUCGUGGGCGCCCUCCGCAGGGGCGGGCGGGACCGCCUGCAGGUCAUUUCUGACUUUGACAGGACCCUGAGCAGGUUUGCCUAUAACGGGAAGCCCUGCCCUUCUUCCUACAAUAUUCUGGACGACAGCAAGAUCAUCAGCGAGGAGUGCCGGGAGAAGCUGAAGGCGCUCCUUCACCAGUAUUACCCAAUUGAGAUUGACCCACAGCGGACCGCCAAGGAGAAGGCGCCUCACAUGGUGGAGUGGUGGACCAAAGCACACGAUCUCCUGUGUCAGCAGAAGAUUCAGAAGUCUCAGAUAGCCCAGGUGGUCAGAGAGUCCAACGCCAUGCUGAGGGAGGGAUACAAGACGUUCUUCAACACCCUCCACCAAAACAACAUCCCCCUCUUCAUCUUCUCCGCGGGCAUCGGCGACGUCCUGGAGGAAAUCAUCCGGCAGAUGAAAGUGUUCUACCCCAACAUCCACGUGGUGUCCAACUACAUGGAUUUCGAUGAAGAUGGUUUCCUGCGGGGCUUCAAGGGCCAGCUCAUUCACACGUACAACAAGAACAGCUCCGUGUGCAGGAACUCCAGCUACUUCCAGCAGCUGCAGGGCAAGACCAACGUCCUGCUGCUGGGGGACACCAUGGGGGAUCUCACCAUGGCCGACGGGGUUCAGGGCGUGGAGAACAUCCUCAAGAUCGGCUUCCUCAACGACAAGGUGGAGGAGCAGCGGGAGCGCUACAUGGCCUCCUACGACAUUGUGCUGGAGAAGGACGAGACGCUGGACGUGGUCAACGGGCUGCUGCAGCACAUCCUGCACCAGGGGGACGGGGUGGAGGCGUGGGGCUCCUGA